GUUUUAAAGGUGUAUCAGACUCUGGACACACAGCCUGACUUCACCAUCAAAGCCGAGAGGAAACUGGUGGGCAGGACAUCCUGGCAGCACAGACCGACCGGCAGAGCACAAGGGAGGACCUAGGCCGGAGACUGGCAGCCAGAUCAGGAUGACGCACCCCAUUCUGUUCCUCUGGCUGCUGGUGGUCAAUCUGGAUCCUCAUGCCUGUGGCCAAGGGAUCCCUGACCAGGAAAAUUCUUCCAUAUCAGAGAAUCAGAAGGCUGCUUCCUUCCUGAACAACUGGAGCUUUGCAUUCAGCCUGUACAUCCAGUUGGUAAUCUCCAACCCAGGCACCAAUGUGCUCUUUUCUCCACUCAGCUUCUCCAUUCCCCUCACACUGCUGGCCCUCCAGGCCAAGCCAGAGGCCCGAGAUCACACCCUACAGAGUCUGGGAUACUUCACCAUGGUCCCCAAGGCCCAGGCCCACACACACUACGGCCAGCUCCUGCAAGCUCUCCUGCCGCCCCCUGGGAAGUGCCAGGUGAACACGGGCAGUGUGCUGUUUGUGAACAGCUAUCAAAACCUGGAGCAAAAGUUUGUUCAGACAGCCCAGAGUCUGUACCACACCAAGGUCUUCCUUGCCUCCCUGGGGAACACUCAGAGAGUCAAGCAACAGGUUGAUGCAGCCUUGCAGGAAAAAACCCACGGCAAGAUCAAAAACCUUCUUCUGGACCUGGAGUCACAUUCUGUCAUGAUCCUGGCCAAUUAUAUUUUCUUUAAAGGGAAAUGGAAAUAUCGCUUUGACCCAAAGCUCACUGAGAUCAGACCCUUCUGGGUGAGUGAGGAGCUCACAGUACAAGUGCCCACCAUGCAGCGGCUGGGCUGGUUCCAGCUCCAGCACCGCUCAAGCCUGCAUAGCCAUAUCCUACGGUUGCCCUAUGCCUGCAGACUCACUGCUGUCUUCAUCCUUCCUGAUGUGGGGAGGACCAGGGAGGUGGAGGAGGUGCUGAUGGAGGAGAAGUUUGACACGUGGACCCGACCCUUCCCGCCAAGCAGGAGGAAGCUGUAUUUCCCUAAAUUCUCCUUUCUGGGGAGAACGCAACUGGAGCAGGGUGCGCUGCUGGCCAACAGUGUGGAUCUUUUCAGUUACCGCACAGGCCUCUCCGGAAUCACAGCACAAGCCACACCCAUGAAGGUCUCCAGGGCAGAGCACUGGGCUGAACUGACUGUGGACGAAGGAGGAGAAGAAGAGGAAGACAUCAAGGACCUCGGCUCAUUUCCCAGGCAAUUCAUCCCUGCUUUCCACUUCAACAGGCCCUUCCUGUUGCUGAUCAUUGAGGAAGUCAGCCACAACCUUCUCUUCAUGGGGAAGGUGAUAAAUCCCAAUGUAACUUUGUAGGUGACAAGGGAAUGCUCUCUUGUCCCCAAUCUCCAUCCCCAGUGGGCUUCUGAAGGAAAAGGAAGACCAAGAGCAGCUCUCAGGGUGCACCUGGCCCAGGUACACAGUUCACAGGUCCAUUUUCCGAUCUUAGCUCAAAGCCACAUCCAGUGAUUGUUCCCUUCACAGGUGAUUGAACCAAGGUACAAAACACAACUUUGCACCAUCAGAAGCUAAGCUCACUCCCCAAUAUCCUUCGUGUGAUGGUCAGCCAUGUCACUCUUUAGGCCUUUACCAGCUUCAUGUUCUCUUUUGGCUUCUCAGCUUUUCCUUCCCUUCUGAUUUCCUCAGACCCUUACCACUCAGAUUUUAGUACAGCUACCUUUUUUCAUAGGAUCAACUGCAUGAAUCAAUAAGUGACAACCUUACAAACGGUGUUUGGGUGGACAGGUGUAUCCCUGGAAGGGCUGGGAAACCACUAAGAGUAUCUGGGGGGUAUGUUUGUGAGAUUAGAGAGAGCAGGAUUGUUUAUCAUGGCUGCCUGAUGGCUCCUGACAUGUGUAGGUUUGCAGAGUGUCAUGAGUCUCAGUCUCUUCAAGGUGGCUGGGAGACAGGGCCUGCAGAGAAUGCCUCUGGAUAUCUUUGAUGGAAGAGCUUACUCAAUAUUCUGUCAUGUGAA